AUGAAUGAAGGGAGGAGGAGUCUAGCGGUGCGGAAACUACGUCUUUGGUCAAGAGACAUUACACACGAAAAGGCCAGGAGCAGAUCUGCGGGACCAGGCCGGUGUGAAUCAGCGGGACCAGGCCAGGAGCAGAUCCGCGGGACCAGGCCGGUGCGGAUCAGCGGGACCAGGCCAGGAGCAGAUCCGCGGGACCAGGCCGGUGCGGAUCAGCGGGACCAGGCCGGUGCAGAUCAGCGGGACCAGGCUAGGAGCAGAGCAGCUGGACCAAGCCGGAGCGGAGCAGCGGGACCAGGCCCGGAGCGAAUCAGCGGGACCAGUCUGCAGGGGCAGGAGACCCAGAAACGCCCAGACAAGCUAAGACGCCAAACCAAGGGCCCAGACCAGCGGGAGGCGGGGGACACGCUCGCAGUCUUCCAGAGACAGACUGUGGUCCAUUGUUUUAGCUCCAGACUUUAA